AGCAAGAGGAGGAGGAGGAGGAGGAGGGAGGAGGAGAAGGAGGGAAGACCGGAAGCGGUGGUGGUUCAGGAGGAAAGGGAGGGAAGGGUGAGAAGGGUGAGAAGGGAGCGGUGAAGAGAAGAGAAGCAGCAGAGUCCGAUGGGGCAGGGAAACCAGAGGAGACGGUGGUGGUACGAUUCGAAGUGAGGGACACGGGAGUGGGCAUGGACGAAGCAGCAAAAGGGCGGCUGUUCAAGGCGUUCUCCCAGGCGGACAACUCCACGAGCCGUCGCUAUGGUGGCACGGGGCUGGGAUUGGCCAUUUGCAAGAGCCUGUGUUUCUUGAUGGGGGGAGAUAUCGGCAUGCACAGCCAGGUGGGAGAGGGGUCGACCUUCUUCUUCUACGUGAGAAUGCAACGAGUCAACCCCAAGGAGAACCCCAAGCCGGCAGGGGAGAGCGCCACCAGCAGCGAUGCGGAGCCGCUGUGGGUGCAGCUGCAGCACAUUCGCGUGCUGGUUGCCGAGGACAACAAGGUGAAUCAGAUGGUAGCGACGCGCAUGCUGCACAACCUUGGGCUCAAAUAUGACGUGGUGGAGAAUGGGAGGCUGGCUGUGCAGGCGUGUACUGACCGCCACUAUGACGUGGUGCUCAUGGACUGCCACAUGCCUGAGAUGGAUGGUUAUGAAGCCACCCGCCACAUACGGGCCAUGGAAGAGGAGAGACUCGCUGCCUACGCUGCUGCCGGUGGUACUGGUGCUAUUGGCAGGGGCAGCGGUGGUGGUGGUGGGUACGGUAGGAGUGGCAGCAGGGGGGGUUACGGCAGCAGCACAGACGGCGACAUGAGUGAAGCGAGCUCCCCCAGCCAUCCCCACAGCAGCAGCAGCUCUCGCACCCGCCGCUCCCACCGGCCCCGCCGGACAUUCAUUGUGGCGCUUACCGCAUCGGCGCUUAGCGAGGAUAAAGACUCGUGCAUGGCAGUGGGUAUGGACCAUUAUUUAGCUAAGCCUAUUCGGCCGCGGGACUUGGAACGAGUGAUAAGAGAAGGGAUGGUUAAGAGGAGGAGAGAGUCUAUUAGUGAGGAGGUAGGGUGUGAGGGGAGUGAGGGGUCAUUGUCCCCUCAGAUGGCUUAUAAAGGGGAUGAGGGGCCGGUGUCCCCUCUUUAUAAGGGCUCUGAGAGGGGUGGAAGGGCGGUAUCCCCUUAUAGGGGGGGUUAUGAGGGAGGGGAGAGGCCUUUGUCUCCUCUGACGUUUAAGCAGCGGCAGGAGCGGGGAGUGCAGGAGCGGGGAGAGCAGGAGCGGGGAGAGCAGGAGCGGCCACAGCAGCGGCCACAGCAGCAGCAGCAGGAGCAGAGGGGUGAAAAAUCAGGUGGGUAUUCAGGUGGGGGAAGUUUGAAAUAUGGUGGUGGCGGUGGUGGUGGUGGUGUGGGGUUCGGUCCUAGUCCCUCCUUUGGCGCUUGGCAGGGCGAGCGAGAUGAUGUGCGCGAGUGGGGAGAACGGGAGGGCGGUCAGGGAUCGGCACUUGAUGCAUUCAGGGAAGGAAACGAGGGGGAGGAGGAGGAAGAGGAGGAUGAGGAGGAGGAAGAAAUGAUAGAGCAGGCUUCCCCGUUCCCCUCUUCUAAGCAGGCUGGGGGCCAAACCUCCCGACAAGGUUCGGGAAGAGGAGGUUCGGGAACAGCGGAGCCGCUGCGGUCUCCCAGGCCCGGCCGGUCCACUCCUGAGGGACAGGGUUGGGGACGGGCGAGUCCACGGGGUGGGUAUGGCGGGGUGCAGAGCGGUGACGAUGGGUCGAGUGCGGGGUCCCCUUCUAGUGUUCGGUCGUGGGGGAGGGGUGGAGGCGAAGGGGGGUGGGGGGAGGGGGGUGAUAUUGCUGAGAGAGGGAGGGAGAAUGGGAGGGACGGGGGAAUGGAGAGGGGGAGGGGGAGGGAGGGCGUAAGGGAGAGAGACAUGGAAAGGGAGAGGGCGAGAGAUAGGGAAAGGGAAAUGGAGAGGGAGCGUGAGAGAGAGUUGGAAGAAGAGUCUGAUACAGGGAGUGUGGUGGUGAAGGGGGAUGGGUGGAGUGCCGGGGAGAGACUAAGUGAUGUUGAGGAGAGGGACGGGGAGUGGGAUGAAGGGAGAGAGUGGGGGAGGGGGAACGAAGGCGAGAGGGGGGAUGAAAGAGAGAGGGGGCGAGAGAGGGGGCGAGAGAGGGAGGAAGAGAAGGAAGAGGAGGAAGAGGAGGAAGAGGAGGAGAUGGUAGGUGUUCCUGAACCAAGACGAAGCAGAACAGCAGGGGCGAGUGAGCACAGGCAAGUGGGAGAAGAGAGAGAUGCAUGGGGAGAACGUGAAACAGGAGGAGUAGGAGCGAGGGGAUGGGAUGGUGAGAGACACGGGAGGAGAGGGAGCGGUGGAGAGGGUUACGGGGAGGUGCGGUGCGGUGAGGUGGAGGUGGAGGAGACAAGGAGAAGCAGCACCAUGGGGAGAGUUGAAGCGAUGAAAAUGAGAGGCGAGAAGGGGAAGGGCCGGGAGGGGAGAAGUGUGUGGGAGGGAGAGGAAGGUUGGGAGCAGGAGAGGGAGGAGAUGGAUGGGAGGAGGGGUCGACGAAGCAGUUUGGACGGGGAAGACGUUAGCAGGAUGGAUAAUGGCAGGAUGGAUAAACAAGGGGGGAAAGGGCAAGGGGUAGGGCGGGGUUCAGAGAGUGAGUUUUCAGGGUAUGGAGAGGGUAGGGACGGUAGAGAUGGUAGAGAGGGAAUGGCGAGAGGUGGUGAGGAGAGCGAGGGGAGGAUCAGAGGUAGUGGGGGUGCAAGGGGAGGAGGAAGCAGGGGAGCAGAGGGAAGACGACAAGGAGAGAGUGGUGCAGAGCGGUGGAGAGGGGAGAGGGGGGGCAGGGGCGAGGAUGGAAGAGGAGGGGAGGCAUCUGGGCCGCUGCCGCCCCGUGAGGGUAGUGCAGUGUGUGGGUCUCCCUAUGUAUUUGAGCACGGGGCCGGAGCAGAGAGCAGCACAGGACGUGAGAGCAGUGAGUGGGUCCUGCUGACAGGUGAGAGCAGUGAGUGGGUCCUGCUGACAGGUGAGAGCAGUGAGUGGGUCCUGCUGACAGGUGAGAGCAGUGAGUGGGUCCUGCUGACAGGUGAGAGCAGUGAGUGGGUCCUGCUGACAGGUGAGAGCAGUGAGUGGGUCCUGCUAACAGGUGAGGAGAGCAGUGAGUGGGUCCUGCUGACAGGUCGAGGCAAACAGCACGCCACCCAGACAUGCAGCGCACAAGAAGACAGGGAGCGAGGUGCCGGCGUUUCUACCGCCCCUCUCCUCCAGCCCGGGCGGCGCGGGUUCUUUGCGCCGCUUGCAGAGCUCUCCCCCCAUAUCCCCAGCACCAAGCUCGCGUGCCCUUCUUUUGAGGGUCUGUCCAGCCGUAGCCUGCCUUCCAGCCGGGUGAACGCUGACUCCAAUGUGGAGCUUAAGACUAAGGGCGCAGAGGGUGCUCCCCGCACCACCUGCUCGCUGAAGGCGAUGCGCGACCGUAUCGAGUCGGUUAAGAACACCCAGAAGAUUACCGAUGCGAUGAAGCUCGUCGCUGCCGCGAAGGUGCGCAGGGCUCAGGAGGCCGUCGUCAACGGCCGUCCCUUCUCGGAAAACCUCGUUAAGGUGCUUUACAACGUUAACGAGCAGCUCCAGAACGAGGACGUUGACAUUCCCCUGACCGAGGUCCGUCCCGUGAAGAAGGUCGCCAUCGUCGUUAACACCGGCGACCGCGGUCUCUGCGGUGGCUUCAACAACUACGUCCUCAAGAAGGCCGAGGCUCGCGUGGCUGAGCUGACGAAGCUGGGUGUCGCUUACACCAUCGUGUCCAUCGGCAAGAAGGGUAACGCCUUCUUCAAGAGGCGUCCCCAGUACGCCGUCGACAGGUACCUCGAGGUCGGCGCUGCUCCCACCACCAAGGAGGCCCAGGCCAUCGCCGACGAGAUCUUCUCCCUGUUCGUGUCGGAGGAGGUUGACAAGGUCGAGCUGAUCUACACCAAGUUCGUGUCCCUGAUCAAGUCCGACCCUGUGGUGCACACUCUCCUGCCUCUCUCCCCCGCCGGCGAGGUCUGCGACAUCAACGGCAUCUGCGUCGACGCUGCUGAGGACGAGCUGUUCAGGCUGACGACCAAGGAGGGCAAGUUCGCCGUCGAGCGCGAGACUAUCAGGACCGAGACUCCCGAGUUCACCGGCGUGCUAGGGUUUGAGCAGGAGCCUGUGCAGAUCCUGGAUGCUCUGCUCCCGCUUUACCUGAACAGCCAGAUCCUCCGUGCUCUGCAAGAGUCCCUUGCCAGCGAGCUCGCUGCUCGUAUGAAUGCCAUGGGUAACGCCAGCGAUAACGCCAAGGAGCUGAAGAGGAACCUGAACCUGACCUACAACAGGCGGAGGCAAGCCAAGAUUACUGGCGAGCUGAUUGAGAUUGUUUCCGGCGCCAGCGCUUAA